UCUGUCCGAGCAGCUUCAGCAGUGCACACAGCUACCAGGACAUAACAUCCACGAACAAAGUCGAAUUUCUGGUUGAAGUACCGUUUUAUUUUGCUCGACUGCUUUUUUUGGGGGGGAAAACCGUGAAAUUCGCAUUCGGGGCUAAGGAGAUGAGAUGCCUUUGGGAACUCGCUGUGUUGCUGUUGGUGCUGUACCUCAUGUACCCUCCAGGAGAAGGAGCCAAAGGUGGAGAUGGGAAGGAGCAGGUCAGUCGCCCCAGGAGGAAGGGGAAAGGCAAGCCCGUGCCCAGCAAAGGAGCUCUGACCACCAGGCAGGGUCAUGAGUGUUCCUGGGAGGUGCAGGGGCAGGAGGAGUUGACCCUCCAGCUGAGCUGCACCCACCAAGGCAGUAGCUACUGGUGUCAGUACAGCGGGGUGCCCCACAGCUGCCUGCCCUACAACAGCAGGGCGGCUCAGUACUGGAAGCAGGUCCUCAGCAAAGUCAAGAAGAAGAGACACGCCUGCCAGGGAGACUCCACCUUAAGGGCGAAGCUCUGCAAGCAGGGCCCGCCAGAAUCGCAGCUGAAACGGCAGGGCGAGGGCCCAGCGCCGAGCAGGAGGAAGGGAAAGCUCCACCUCAGAAGGAGCCAGAAGGAGCAGCCCAGUGCGGGCUCAGAGCGGGCUGUGCCCACCCCGAGAGCCCGGGAAAAGACCGGCCACAAGCCCAAAGGCUCGGAUCCUGCCAGGAGCCAGGAGCCGAGCGCACUGAGUGAGGUGAAGGACGACCACCCCGAUUUACAAGGGGACCUCGCUCAGGUCUACUGCACCGAGAAGUGGCAUUCUCUCUGCUCCUUCUUCGUCGGCCUGUGGAACGGCUAGUUGUGCACUUUCUCCACUUUCCACCGAAAUAGUCUUAGCUACAGCUCCUCCCCUCUCCCCACCUUCCCCGCUUCUGUGAUCGAGAUCUCCAUUCGUACUUAACAGAGCCUCUGCCGAAUUAGAACUGACUCUUCACAAACUAAACAGUCUCACAUUUGCCAAGGGAAACGCUGUGAACGCUAUCUCUGUUAAUUUAACAUUUCAAUAACUUGUUUGUUGCUUUGUAAUUUUUUUUUAACCCGACCCUGUAAGACGUAACAUUAAAGUCAGUGAAACUU